AGAACAUGAAAAUCAAUUUUUAAUGCUGGUGAGCUACUGCAUAAAAUUAAAAACAAAAUUCACUUCCCAGUUUCUAGUACUGAUCUUAAUUUAUUUUAAAAAUUCUGUUGUAACCUUUAAUAUGUAUGGCUAUGGAGUUAUACCAGUGUUCCUGGCAAAGUGAAUUCAUGCUGUUUUCAUUUUAUUUGUUGGCAUUCAAUCUGGGGACAUCAUCAGUUAUUCAAUAGCUUUAAAUAUUUUAGAUAUUGUUCUUAGAAUAUUGCCAAUGCAAUCUAGGUGAUUUAGUUUGGAGAGUCCUUUCCAUUCUGUAGGGCUACUGUCCAUCUUCCUGUUCUUUUUAACUCCUCCUACAGCUCUCUUAGUGCAUCUACUAUUUGCUUUAAGAGGUAUUCCCUGUUUUUAUAAUUUUGUUUUUUUUUUUCUUCUCCACUGUUCGUAAGCAAGACACAGAUUUACCUUUCAAUAGUACAAGUCAGAACAAGUUUAUCAUCACAUCUACCUGAUUUUAUUUUUUAUUUUUCCCCAGAACCAUUUAUUUUAUAAGUAAUUGUCUCCCAAACCAUCUUUAGGCAAACGUUAAAGAAAUAACAUAGCUACAGCAGGCAUAAACGUAGACAGUAAAGGGAAACUACAAAGGUAAUCUAGAAUGUGAUACACCCAGACUGUGCCCAACAGAUGCUUAUUAAAUCUGCUCUUACGAAGUUAGUGAGAGCAACUGCAUAACCUCAUGAGGUAGCUUGGCAGUCUGAAAUGUGAGAGAACCCAGAGAUAUGAGGUAGCAAGGCUAUCUGAAAAUCUAUCCAAGACAUUGAAACAAUAGACAUAAGCCUAUUGUUUCUUUUCUUCUGAUACGCAUUUUAACAGAAGAUGUACACAUCUGUAUGCUGUUGUCAUGCUUCUGGCAGUCAUCUUUACCAAAUGAUGCAACUCCAUCGCCUCUAUUUAUCAUUUUUAAAAGCUUCUAAUUUGUUAUGUUGCUUUUCUCUGGACUUUUUAAACAUAAUGAAGUCUAUUUUAAAGGUGCUAAUUUAGCUUAAACAAGUGCAUACUUUAUAGAUUGCUGUUUAUCCUGUGCAUUUUAUUUCUGGAACAUAUAAUGCUGUGCUUACAAAGGGUGAUGUCUAACAGGACACAGACUUUAUUCUCAGUGGUAAAAUCAAGCAUGUACACAAAUCUUAAUUGUUUUGUGACCCCAAAUACAAAUGUACAAAAACAGAGAAUAUAAGGAAAAACAAAGACGAAUAACUUAGAAGCUCACUGAACAUAGUCAUGACUAAAUUGCUGGUAAAGUAAGUUCUAGAAACGUGGAUCUUGCCUUUUACUUUCCUCUGUCUUCUGGUUUUACCAGAGCUUCUGAUCUACUUGUAACUGAGCUGGAUCUCUUGCACACCUUUUCUGAAGCUAAUGAGGUUUUUACAGAAUAUCACAAAUACUUCCAUGAGCAUAUAGAAAUGGGUAUGAAGGUAGAACAAAGGCCUUUGAAAUUGUGUGAAACAAGCUGAUCUACAGGCUGCAGCUCAAGUUCUCUGUGUGAUUGCAGACCUGUGCAGCUGAAUUGAGGAAAAGCUGAGGUGACCAUUGCGAGUAGUUGGAAAGCACUGGAUAUCUUCUACAAAAGUUGACACAAGGUUUCACCAGGCGCCCGUGCCGUGGGGCAGUCAGUCCCUGGAGGUGCGGAGCGGCGCGGGGAACAAAGCGGCGCGGCCGGGGGAGCUGCUGGAGCCCUCGCCGCAGCUGGGCAGGGUGAAGAGUUUGCACGAAAUGCCCGGACCCAACACCCUCUACAAUCUCUACGAGUUCUUCUGGAAGGACGGCUUCGGCCGCAUUCAUGAGAUCCAGCAAAAACACACUCAGGAAUAUGGAAAGAUCUUCAAGUCUCACUUUGGUCCCCAGUUUGUUGUAUCCAUUGCAGAUCGAGAUAUGGUUGCUCAAGUGCUCCGGUCAGAAGGUAGAGCACCACAGAGAGCUAACAUGGAAUCGUGGCAGGAAUACAGAGACUUAAGAGGAAGAGCUACAGGACUAAUUUCAGCAGAGGGGGAACAGUGGCUAAAAAUGAGAAGUGUACUGAGGCAAAAAAUUCUGAAACCCAAAGAUGUGGCAAUUUACUCUGGAGGAGUCAAUGAAGUUAUCACAGAUUUAAUUAAAAGAAUCUACACCCUCAGAAGUCAAGAGGAAGAUGGGGAAACGGUGACCAAUGUUAAUAAUCUUUUCUUCAAGUACUCAAUGGAAGGUGUGGCUACUAUUCUGUAUGAAUGCAGGUUGGGCUGCCUGGAAAACAACGUCCCACAACAGACCGUUGAAUAUAUCGAGGCUCUGGAGUUGAUGUUCAGUAUGUUUAAGACCACAAUGUAUGCAGGUGCCAUUCCCAGGUGGCUUCGUCCAUUUAUUCCAAAACCCUGGAGAGAGUUCUGCAGAUCCUGGGAUGGACUCUUCAAAUUUAGUCAAAUUCAUGUUGACAACAAACUGAAGUCUAUUCAGUCUCAACUGGAUCAAGGAGAAGAAGUGAAUGGUGGGCUACUUACGUACCUCCUUGUGAGUAAGGAGCUUACUUUGGAGGAGAUCUAUGCCAAUAUGACUGAAAUGCUUCUGGCAGGAGUGGACACAACUUCUUUUACUUUGUCCUGGGCAAUAUAUAUGUUGGCAAAGCACCCUGAGGUUCAACAACGUGUUUAUGAGGAAAUCAUCGAUAAGCUGGGGAAAGACCAAGCUCCUGUUGCUUGUGAUGUUCCCAAAUUGCCUUUGAUUAGAGCUGUGCUGAAGGAGACUCUGAGGUUAUAUCCUGUAUUGCCAGGAAAUGGAAGAGUGACCCAGAAAGACUUGAUUGUUGGAGGAUACUUAAUACCUAAAGGGACGCAGCUGGCACUCUGUCAUUAUACUACUUCAUACAGUGAAGAGAAUUUUCCAAUGGCCAAUGAGUUCCGGCCCGAGCGCUGGCUGCGGAAAGAUAAUUUGGACAGGGUUGACAAUUUUGGUUCCAUCCCCUUUGGUUAUGGCAUUCGAAGUUGUAUUGGAAAAAGAGUUGCGGAACUGGAAAUUCAUCUUGCACUGAUUCAGUUGCUUCAGAAUUUUGAGAUUAAAAUUUCUCCCAAAACUGAACCAGUUCAGGCCAAAACCCACGGACUUCUGACUCCUGGAGGCUCCAUCAAUGUGAGAUUUUCUGACAGAAAGUGAGACUGAGAUAUUUUGGAAAUACUUGUGUGACUUUCAGGGGAACAGGCUUGCAUCUAAUGGACAUUUGAUCGUAACAUGCUUUCUGGUUUGUAGUUUCUUUACAAUAUGACCAAGUAUUAUGUUCUGCCUUAUACCUAGCAGCACAUAACAAAAGUUACCUCUCUUGUAAUUGAAAAUUACACGUUUGAAAAUACAUGCUAAACAGUUCCUUCUUGCACUGGCAUUCUCCUACUUGUAUUUCAAAUUGUAGCAGCACGUGCAUUGGAGAAAAAAAAAAAAAAGUAAAA